UACACUAUAAGAUAGCUUUGUUUAAAAAAACGAAGAAAAAAAGAGCUAGAAAAACAAGAACAUUUGUAUUUUGUUCGAAUUUUCCUCAUCAGACGUUUGUUGCAUAUUUAUCUUUUCUUAUAUAAAAGACGUUAGUAGGAUUUGCUCGAAGACACAAGUAAAGAACAAGGCGGAAAACAUUUUUGCAUACCUUAUCAAUCGAACGUUUAUACUUGCAUUCAUUCGAAGUUAAACCAUUAAAUCUUUGGCUGCCAAUUGUAUUCGAAAUGAAGUGGAGGGUCUGCAUAAUUCUAUUUAUUCAUCUCUCCUGCAUCCAAGGAAAACCGCCUCACAUUAUCUUUUAUUUAGUCGAUGACCUUGGAUGGAACGACGUAAGUUAUCACGAAUCUUUACAAAUACCGACUCCGAAUAUUGACGUUUUGGCUGCUAAUUCAAUACUCUUAGAUAAUUAUUACGUUCAACCCCUGUGCACCCCAUCAAGAGCUGCGUUACUUACUGGUAAACAUCCAAUACAUUUAGGUCUUCAGCAUCUUGUUAUUCGCACUGCUGAGCCAAGUGGAUUACCAUUGGAUGUGAAAACUUUACCUCAAUAUUUGAAAAAAUUUGGUUAUCGAAGUCACGGCGUUGGAAAGUGGCAUUUAGGGUUUUACAAAAAAGAAUAUUUUCCAACAAGAAGAGGAUUCGAUUCGUUUUUCGGGUUUUGGCCACCAGGGAUGGAUUAUUACGACUAUACUACAUAUGAAACUCUUCAAAAUUCUACUUUAAAGUAUGCCUGGGGAUAUUCCUUAAGAGAUAACGAAAGAGUCGCCAGAGAAUAUAAAGGAAUUUAUGCCACUCAUUUAUUCACAGACCGAGCAAUCGAUAUUAUUAAAAAUCACGAAAAACAAAAGCCAUUAUUUCUAUAUCUAGCGCCGAAUGCUGUGCACACUGGAAACUCAUAUAAUCUAUUUCAAGCACCUCAAAACGAAGUCUCCAAAUUUCUAUGUAUAGAGAACCCAGAAAGAAGAACUUUUGCAGCAAUGGUUUCAGAAUUAGAUAAAUCAGUUGGACGAGUUUUUAAGGCCUUGCAAGAUAAUUCUAUGUUAGAUAAUACAAUUUUUGUGAUUUCUACGGAUAAUGGUGGAGAAGCUGCUGGUUUCAGAGGUGGAGUUGGUUCGAAUUGGCCUUUAAGAGGAAAUAAAGUAACUUUAUGGGAAGGAGGAGUGAGAGGAGUUGGACUUGUAUGGAGUAAACUGUUCAAGCAACAACCGAGGAUCGAAAGGAACUUAAUUCACAUCACUGAUUGGUUACCGACAUUUUAUCAUGCUGCAGGUGGUGAUGUUAGCGACUUGACGGAUAUUUAUGGAAUAAAUCAAUGGAAGACUUUAGUUCACGGCAAACCUACAUCUAGAGAAGAAAUUCUUCAUAACAUAGAUCCAAUCGACGGUGCUUCAGCUCUUCGAUUCCGAAAUUACAAACUAGUAAAUGGAUCGAAUUCUAAUGGAGAAUACAAUGCGUGGUACGGACCUUCCGGUAGAGACGAUGAUUAUUUUUCUUCCUGCUACGAAAAGUUACUUCGCUCCUCAUAUUCUUGGAAAGUUCUUGAAAAGGAAGGAUUGCUCUACAAUACUGACAAGUUUUUCACCAGAUUGCCAGAUAACUGUUAUUCUGACUCGAAAAGGAAUAAUAGUAAUUGUGAUCCUAAUUCAGCCCCAUGCUUAUUUGAUAUAUUAAAAGAUCCUUGCGAACUGGAAAAUAUUGCAAACGAACAACCAAAGCUUGUGAAAUAUAUAUUGAAUCGAUUAAAGUUCUGGAAAGCAAGUGCAGUUCCUCCAAUUAAUCAACCUAUCGAUCCGAAUGCUGAUCCUGCUCUUCAUAAAUUUACUUGGACGAAUUGGGCAGAUUCCUACUCGUUUUAUUAAGUUACAAUAAUGAUAAUUUUAAAGGAAUUUGUAAAAUAUUUUA